AUGACAAAUAACUCAGAUCCUGUUUCUCAUCCGUAUGAAGCUUUCCAAAGCCUCGACGAUGAAGAGUUCCAACAACUCUUCAGAAAAAUAGGAAAUGAUUCAACUCUCGCGAUUCCAAAGGAUUUAUAUUAUUUUGUCAAGACUGCUAUCUCACAAAAAUCAAUAAACAAAGCUAAAUCCAUCGUCUACUUAGAAGAUAUUCCUCCGAAUGAAAACUCAGAAACAGUAUUUGUUCCUUGCACUGAUGAUCCCGAUAUGCUUAAAUACAUUCUCGCUAAAUUAGCUCAGUUUAAGAACUACAAGAAGUUUAUCAUGAUGAUUCCGAGAUACAGCCCCAGUUGCCAGUCUGCUUUCGAUCACGAUCCAAAUAGUGAAGACGUCACUGUUCUUGAAUUCCAUGCAGAAAUUUUGCCAUUAUCUCCAGAUCGUUUCAUUCUUCCUGUACCUCUUGCAUACUCCAAUAUCUAUUGCGAUUCUGAUAUCUCUGAUGUCCAAACAAUAGCCCGUGGUCUCCUUAAGCUCCAGCUUGUCUUAGGUGCACCAGAAAAGGUUUAUUGUGCUGGCCAGAUAUCUCAUCGUGUCUAUGCCCUUAUGGAAGAACUCAAGAAGCAUAUCGGACAUACUUUCUACACAACAGAAGAUUCUCUCUACGAUGAAAUCUUCAUCUUCGAUCGCUCUGUCGAUAAUGUUACACCAAUGAUGAUUCAGCCAACAUAUGGUGGACGUAUCGAUGAAGAUUUCAAUCCUUCGUUCGGAUACCUCGAGCCUCCGGAGGGAGUAUCACUUGUCUUUGAUCCUCAGAUCAAGCCGAAGGCUGACCCUAACGUCGAAGUCAUUGUUCCAAAAGAUGCAAAUCUUAUGCCAAAGAACGUCGUCAAGAUUGACGCUCUCAGCGAUCCUGUCUACAAGGAAGUUUGCGAUCUCAUGAUCACAGACGCUCUUACAUGGAUGAACGAUUUCAACAAGGAAAGACUCGAAACAGUCCCUCAAAUGCUCAAAGAAACAAAGGGUACAAACGAAUGGCGUAAAUAUUCAAAGCGCGCUACAGAACUUCUUCUUCAAAACCCUUACAAUACAUUCCAUAUCAAUUUAUUCGCAGAAAUGCCACUCGACAAGCGCCAUCUUAUCAACCAACUUGGUAUCAAGGAUGAUCUUAUCACAAACGAUGAACCAAUCGAACAAGCCGCUUUAGAUUACCUCCAUCGUGGACUUUACACAGAUGCCAUCAAGAUUCUCGCUCUUUCUUGCGUAUACAACAACGGUGCUUCCUCAUCUACAAUCUCCAAGUUCGAAAAUACUCUUAACUCUGUUUUCGGCGCUAAUUUCGCUUGGGAGUGGAUCAGAUUAUUCCAGGCAAACCUUAUCUAUCCAAAGCCACUUCUUUUCGGAAGCAAGCCUUAUAUCAGCGCAAAGAGAGAUCUCGAAAUGGUUCUUCCUAUGGGAGAUCCACUUGAAAACUUCUACGGCGGUUUUGUUCCUCUUAUUGUCAGACUUGUUGAACAUGGCUUGAAGAGCGGAUGGGGCGAGUCUUCACUUGUCGGAAAGACUAUGAAGAACUUGGGAAUCCCAUUCUCUGUCAACAGCCCAGUCAACAAAGAGACAAUCGAAAAAAGAAUUAUUCACGAAAACAAGGAAGUCAAAUCUGUCUUGGUUUUCGUCAUUGGUGGCAUGACACACUCCGAAAUGGCUAUGUUGGAAGCUCUCGGAAGAACUGUUUUCAAUGGAACAGUCGAUUUCCACAAUGGAACUACAGAUCUCACCUGCGGUUCAAGACUCAUCCAGCAAAUAUGCCCAUCACUUGCAAAGGGUUGUAACAACGCUUAG